AUGAGCGACUGGGACACCGUUACCAAGAUCGGCAGCAAGGCUCGUGGCGCUGGUGGUGCCGCAUCCCGCGAGACAGUCGUCAAGGGCAAGAGCGCCCUCAACGCCGCCCAGCGUCAGGGCCUGGUGAUCGGGACAGAGAAGAAGUUCGCCACCGGCAACGCAGCCAAAGGCUCCGGCAGCGGCGAAGGACAGCACCUGACGAAAGUGGACCGCAGCGACGAAAUCGUCAAGCCCAAGACGGUCGGGUUCGCCGUCGCAGACGCGAUCAAGAAGCGCCGCAACGAGGAGGGCAUCAAGAUGUCGCAGAAGGACCUCGCCACCAAGUGCAACACCACCGUCUCCAUCGUCCAGGAUUUUGAGCGUGGUACCGCCACCCCCGAUCAGAAGGUUCUCAGUGCUAUGGAGCGCGUGCUGAAUGUGAAGCUACGUGGCGCCGAUAUCGGGAAGGAGAAGUUCCCCAAGAAGAAAUAG